AUGGUACGUUAUGAGCUAUACGGUGGACCUAAAGAAAUUACCAAGUGUUGUUCUACGCCACAACUUAUGGAUGAUCUAUCGGAAAUUGAUGAGACAGGUGCUCGAAUUGAGCGCGGAGUUUUGGAGAGGUUGCAUUCAGUGGUUGAUGGAUACGGCACCCAAAUAGCGUUGGUGAAUGAAAUGCUCAAUGCAGAAAAUGCGAAUCUUCGGGAUCGAGUAUGUGAGUUAGAGAGGAAAGUCCAGUCACAGGAAGAUGAAUUGGUAUGUCUUCGUUCUUCUGUGGCGGACUUUCUUCGACGUUUGUCGUGCUUAGAACAAGCUGCUUCAUCUCGAACCGUAAACCCGCCAACUAAUCAACCUUCUGCUUAUGAAAAAGAUGUUUUUAAACGUCUUUCGACGAGGCCUCAUCGCUCAAUGUUUAAAGCUGUGUCCUUAAAAAAUCAGUCAAAUUAUGCUUUAGCUGAAAGAAUUCGAGCGGUUAAUUCUCACAGUGAUCCACGAACCACAUUUACUCUACACGGGAGUGCGUCGUCAGUAAUGAGAAAUGGCCGGUGUGAGAGUUCUUUAAUCUCGGUACCGAAUCACUCUGAUAUUGCUACGGAGAGUAGUUCUUUCCAGAAUCGAAAUGGGCCGGGUACAUCUCGACGUUUUGUGCGAAAUUCUGAUGAUACUCGUGGGUUUGUCAAUGUGCCGGUGGGACGAAGUCUAAGAGGUAGUCCAAUGAGGAAAUGGAUGAGUAGUGCAGACAUGAAAAUGGGAAGUACUAACAAAGCUCAUUUAUCUCAUAAUGGUGACUCUGAUAGUAUUACAGCUCCGACUUGGAACCUAAAAAGUGCCAGAUCUGUAAAGAGACUUGGAUCCUUGACUAGUUUGGCUGCUUCUCACCGUUCGCUUAACCACCUGGGGCCACAUCAUCGAGAUCCGAUAUAUCUGCAAGAACAGCGUAUGUUACAAGUAAUUAUUAGAGGUAAAACAACGUUACUGCCAGUCCCAGCUUCCAUAGAACGUAUAGUGCCUACUUCUGAAAUUGAUCCUCCACUUAGCACCUGCCCACGGCUUGAAUGGGUGCAUGGGUAUCGUGGCAAAGAUUCGCGCAAUAAUCUUCAUGUUCUACCUACUGGAGAAAUUGUUUAUUUCAUUGGUGCAGUCGUUGUUUUGUUUGACCCAGAUGAAAUGUCACAGAGACACUAUACUCAACAUACCAGUGAAAUUAAAUGCAUUGCUGUACAUCCUAAUAAGCUGCAUAUUGCAACAGGUCAAACGUCGAGACAUUCUCCUGAAAAAAAGAUUUUGAAUGAGCAUAGGUCUCCAAUAUGCUCACCUGCUGCAUUGGAUAGCGUUUUGGAAUCGGAACAGACGCAGGCUCAUGUACGUAUAUGGGAUUCUGUAACGUUACAGACCAUCAGGGUCGUCGGCGUAAGUGAAGCUUGUUUCGAGAGAGGAGUUUCCUGUGUUGCUUUUAGCAGGCAUGAUGGUGGCGCACUACUUGCAGUAACCGAUGAUUCCUAUGACCAUACAUUAAGCGUAUGGGAGUGGCAAAAAAAAAAGAAACUUGCUGAAAUAAAGAGCGCUAACGAUCAAGUUUUCGCCUGCGAAUUUCACCCUUUUUUGAAGAAUUCACUUGUAUUAUUUGGAAAGGGUCACUUUAAUUUUUGGACUUUCGAGAAUGGUGUCCUCAAUAAAAAGCCAGUGGUGUUUGAAGGGCGUGAUAAACCGAGACUGGUGCUGUCCAUUUGUUUCGCUCCUUCUGAGUACGUUUUUUCUGGCGAUUCUGAUGGUACAAUAACAGCAUGGGAUUUCAGAAGUGUAAAAAUUGUUAGACGUGCAGUAAGGGUUCAUAAUGGAGGCGUUUGGUCGUUAUGUUCCUUGGGAGGCGGUCGUAUUGUAUCUGCUGGUAAAGAUCGUUGCCUAAUAGAAUGGAGUGAAAAUUUGGUUAAAUUAAGGGGACCAGUACUGAUAUCUGAGGAGGCCGGAAUCAUUCGAAGUGUUGUGCCUACAAGAGGUUCUGGACUAGUAAUUGGUACUACAAAGAAUGAGAUUCUGAAAGGUGACCUGGCCCAAGGCUUCAAGUUUGUCAUGCAGGGGCAUGCCGAUGAACUUUGGGCGUUAAGUACUAGACCAACUUUACCUCACUAUUUGACAGGGUCUAUCGAUGGGACGCUACGUUUAUGGGAUGCCUUCUCAAAGACAAUGAUUUGGAGCAUGCUAAUACAGGAGGGAAUCACAUGUCUCGAUUUCCACUGUAGUGGUCAGGUUUUUGCAGUUGGUACGGUGCUUGGACCCUGGAUGGUUUUUAAUGCGGAUACUCGUGAGCAAGUUCACUUGUGCACUGACGCUUCAGAACCUGUUUCGAGUGUCCGGUUUUCACCAGACGGCAAGCUCAUUGCUGUAGCUUCCAAAGACGCCCGGGCCUACAUAUACAAUAUCUCUGAAAAUCUGAAAAGUUAUUCAAAAGCAGCUCAGUUGGUUGGUUUGCUUUCUUUCAUAUCAACACUGGAUUGGUCCACCGACAACAGUCUGCUACGAUCAAAUAAUAACGACUUUGAGCAACAGAUCUGGAAUGCAACAACUGGAAGGCUGUCCGACACCGGGAAGGCGAGAAAUGCCGUUUGGAGUUCUUCAAGAUGCAUCGUCUCUUUUGAAAAUGGUUGUAUUGCGCAGAGUAUACCUGGAAUAAUGGCCAUUGAACGCUCACUGGAUUCGAAGUUUGUGGCAGUGGCAAUUGAUAACGGCGCUAUACGCUUUUAUCAGUAUCCAACUACUAGCAUUAUGGCUAUGUAUAGGGAGAUAUUCGGACACAGUGCAUUCAUAGGAAAUAUUGGAUUUUUACAAACCCACCUGAUCAGCAUUGGAGCCAAAGACAGUGCGAUCUUUCAGUGGAAGAUCUGA